AUUCAUAAAUAUAGAUUUCUACCCCAAGUUUUACAUAUGUAUGUACAUAAAUAUGUACAUAUGUUUAUUAAAUGUUUCGAAUUUCAUAAAAAUUUAAUUGCCAAAUACACCCUAACAUUUAAAUAAGUGACGAGCGAUUAUUAAAGUUUACAGGAAAUUGUUUAUAAAGAUAAAUAAGUGUAACUAACUAACAUAUACAUAUCACUCUUAAAAAUAAAGCUACCCUUUUAAAUGAGUACGUAAAUGCACUUAGAAUUCUGUAUUAAGUUAACUAGCCGAAAUCCUGAGAAAACUUUACACUUUAUCAAGAUAGCGUUAUGUACUCUUGAUUUAGUACGGAUUGCUUAAUAUAAAAUUCAAAGUGCAUUUAUGCACUUUUCUAAAGGGCAACAUUAUUUUUAGGAGUGCGUAAUCUUUUGUUGGAUCAGAUUAAUUAAAUAAUAGCGUGAAAGAAAAAAAGUACUUAUCAUGGAUACGAAGAUGUCAACAAGGGCAGAGGAAGCCUUGCGGAAUCCCGUGAUUCUUCGCGAAAUUUUUAAAUAUCGUCCCCUUCCUCCGAAAGAGAUCCGUCUCAUGUCACAAGCCUGGAAUCAAACGGUUCUCUCAUUUCCAAAACCGUUGCUCGGACUUGUUCUGGAUUCUGGGACGAGAAAUCUCGGAAAAUCUGAACUUGCAAAAAUGGAGGGAAAAUUAGCUAGAAAUAUUCGCGAUAUGGGUUGCGACGAAUCGACACUAGGUUCGCUACCUGUUUGCAUGGCGUUCCGCGAAUUUGUGCAAUUUCUGGAUAUCACGAUAAAUCAUGAACAUUUAGUGACAUCUUUGUACGGAAUAUUGGCAAAUUAUUCGCCAAAUUUGACCCGUCUAACGGUCAACUAUUCGCCGAUAAGCCAUAAUUCCGAAUCCAUCCCAACUAUAGAGACAACCACAUUUCAGAAACAUACAAAGCUAACAGAACUCAAUUUAAUGUGCAAAUCUGGCUCGCACCUAAACGUGCUUUUCGAAACCAUCAAGACUUUGAUUUUAUCCGCUCCGAAUCUUCUCGCUGUUAAAAUUCCCGCCAAUUUUUACCCGGAUUUUAGCCCGUGCAAAAAAUUAAGAUCACUCAGCGUCACGACGAAUGUCAUUUUUCCCACGACGAUGCCUGACUUCAGUUUUGACGAGUUGACCAGAAUGCUCCAACAAGUUUCUGGAACCCUGGAAACUUUGGAAUUUGAAGAUUUAGUCAAAAUUUUUGAUAGAAUGCAAGUUUACGAAGGAAACGCGGCGGGAAGUGCUUUUUCUGGGCGGGUGUUUCAAAAUAUCGCUAAAAUGGGGAAACUAACCCACUUAAGGAACGAUCUGAUCAACAUUUUUUCAUGUGGAGAUGGACUCGAAGAUGUUUCAAAGAUGCCAUUUUUGAAAAGUUUACAUAUUUCCAAGUCUUUUCAACCUCCCCAUUUCGGAAAUUUGGACGAUCUUAUUGGAAAAAUUGGAAAAUACGUUUUUGGCACCGUGGCAGAGUUAAAUUUACGGGAGAUCCAUGACCCCGAAUUGAUUGGAAAGUUAAACAUUUCGUUUCCGAGUUUGACCUUUUUGUCAAUUACGUCGGGACGGGGGAGAAAUUCGUUGGGGGAAAUUUCCCCCCUAAAAAUUGGGCCUAUUUUAGAAGCUUGUUCUAAAUUGGAAGGAUUGGCGUAUUUAAUCCUCGAAAUUCCAACCUAUCCUGAAAAACUGUCCGAAUUUGUGGGAGCACUGAUGAAAUGUGGACAUUUUUUGGAAAGUUUAACCACCUUUAUGCUGCACCAUCACAAUUACGAGCGUCAAAUGCGGGACGACUUAACGGUCGAGAACGGAAUCCCUGAACUUGAACAAUUGUUGAAAUCAUUGCGAAAAAUAGGCACGAUUAUGUUGGACGAUGUCGUUUUCUCACCGGAAACGUUAAAAAAUGUGGAAUCCUUCAAAUCCGUGUUGACCUGCAAUAGGCUGUAGAUUUCCGAAAGACGGCAUGAAAAUAUGUUCACUGUUGUUAUACAUAAUUUAGUAAAAUGUGUGAAGCUGAAAACCACUUUAAAAUUAUAAUUGUUUAAAAUCAUUCAAAUUUUUGUUUCACAUACAUUUUUGUUGAUACAAAUAUUCACAUAAUUGACUAAAAUAAAAAAAUGCCAUGUCAAACUA